GUUAAGCAGCUGUGAUGAAGCCCCUGAGAGGCACGAGAGAAAGAUAGGUAUCAUUCAUUUUCUGAUAUUUCUUUCCUUUGUUUAUGACUAAAAAAAAGCUGAAAGCGAGUGUAUGCCCGUACGGUAUCAUAUUUCUAAGUUCAUUCAUUAUCCUUUUUUCAUCUGAUACUUUUUCUUUAGUUAUGUAAAAGAAAAAAAGGAAAGAUUAUUAAGCUUUUAUUUCCUCUUUGAAAGCCAGUGAGAACAAUUAUUUUAGCCUUAUAUAUAUAUUGUUUGUUGUAGUUCUCAUUUGGCGACAUAAGGCUAACGUGCACACCCACGCUAUAUUCUAAAUGGGACUCAAAGCGUUCAUGUUUACUUCCAGACAUUUGCAGAUCACACUCUGGGUGUGAUGAGCUGGACCAUCCCCAUCGCUGUGGCUCUGUCCUGCUACGGAGGACUCAAUGCCUCCAUUAUAGCUGCCUCCAGGUUGUUCUUCGUGGGCUCUCGUGAGGGUCACCUCCCAGACGCUCUUUCCAUGAUCCACAUAGAGAGGUUCACCCCCAUCCCCGCUCUCAUCUUCAAUGUACGAAAACAGAUCCAUUAUUAUUGGAUUCUAGCAGAGGAAGAACAGGAAACUCCAAUUUAGCCCACAUCAAUCACUAGGGAUACUUUUAGCUUUUUAAGUUAUCGCCUGGUUUGGCUGUGUUAUACAUAUUGCAUCAUUUAUGGCAAAAGUGUGAGAUCUUGU